CGGAGUCGCCGCCGCCCGAGCGCAGCCGAGCGCACGCCGAGUCCGAUCGCCGCCGCCAUGGCCACCACGGUGACCUGCACCCGUUUCACCGACGAGUACCAGCUAUACGAGGAUAUUGGCAAGGGGGCUUUCUCUGUGGUCCGACGCUGUGUCAAGCUCUGUACCGGCCAUGAAUAUGCAGCCAAGAUCAUUAAUACCAAGAAGCUGUCAGCCAGAGAUCACCAGAAACUGGAGAGAGAGGCUCGGAUCUGCCGCCUGCUGAAGCAUUCCAACAUUGUCCGUCUCCAUGACAGCAUCUCUGAAGAAGGCUUCCACUACCUGGUCUUCGAUCUGGUCACCGGUGGGGAACUCUUUGAGGACAUCGUGGCACGAGAGUACUACAGUGAAGCAGAUGCCAGUCACUGCAUCCAGCAGAUCCUGGAGGCUGUUCUCCAUUGUCACCAAAUGGGGGUCGUCCACAGAGACCUCAAGCCUGAGAACCUGCUUCUGGCCAGCAAAUGCAAAGGGGCCGCAGUGAAACUGGCGGACUUCGGCCUGGCCAUCGAGGUGCAGGGAGACCAGCAGGCGUGGUUUGGAUUUGCGGGAACGCCGGGCUACCUGUCCCCCGAGGUCCUUCGGAAGGAGGCGUACGGCAAGCCUGUGGACAUCUGGGCAUGUGGGGUGAUCCUGUACAUCCUGUUGGUGGGCUACCCCCCUUUCUGGGAUGAGGACCAGCACAAGCUAUACCAGCAGAUCAAGGCUGGGGCCUAUGACUUCCCAUCCCCUGAGUGGGACACCGUCACUCCUGAAGCCAAAAACCUCAUCAACCAGAUGUUGACCAUCAACCCUGCCAAACGCAUCACGGCCCACGAGGCCCUGAAGCAUCCAUGGGUCUGCCAACGCUCCACGGUGGCCUCUAUGAUGCACAGACAGGAGACUGUGGAAUGCCUGAAGAAGUUCAAUGCCAGGAGGAAGCUCAAGGGAGCCAUCCUCACCACUAUGUUGGCCACACGGAAUUUCUCAGCAGCCAAGAGUUUACUCAACAAGAAAGCAGAUGGAGUCAAGCCACAGACAAACAGCACCAAAAACAGCUCGGCCAUCACCAGCCCCAAAGGAUCCCUCCCUCCUGCCGCCCUGGAGUCUUCCGACAGCACCAACACAACCAUAGAGGAUGAAGAUGCCAAAGCCCCCAGGGUCCCUGAUGUCCUGAGCUUGGUGAGGAGGGGCUCAGGAGCCCCAGAAGCCGAGGGCCCCCUGCCCUGCCCAUCUCCAGUUCCCAUUAGCCCCCUUCCAGCCCCGUCCCCCAGGAUCUCUGACAUCCUGAACUCGGUGAGAAGGGGCUGUGGAACCCCAGAAGCCGAGGGACCCCUAUCAGUGGGGCCCCCACCCUGCUUGUCUCCGGGUCUCCUAGGCCCCCUGCCCACCCCGUCCCCCAGGAUCUCUGACAUCCUGAACUCAGUGAGGCGGGGCUCAGGGACCCCAGAAGCUGAGGGCCUCCCACCAGUGGGCCCCCCACCCUGCCCAUCUCCGACUCUCCCUGGCCCCUUGCCCACCCCAUCCCGGAAGCAGGAAAUCAUCAAGACCACAGAGCAGCUCAUUGAGGCGGUCAACAACGGCGACUUUGAGGCCUAUGCGAAAAUCUGUGACCCAGGCCUGACCUCAUUUGAGCCUGAAGCUCUGGGCAACCUAGUCGAAGGGAUGGAUUUCCACAGAUUCUACUUCGAGAACCUGCUGGCCAAGAACAGCAAGCCGAUCCACACCACCAUCCUGAACCCGCACGUGCACGUCAUUGGUGAGGAUGCAGCCUGCAUCGCCUACAUCCGCCUCACACAGUACAUCGAUGGCCAGGGCCGGCCCCGUACCAGCCAGUCCGAGGAGACCCGCGUGUGGCACCGCCGCGAUGGCAAGUGGCAGAACGUACAUUUCCACUGCUCGGGAGCUCCAGUGGCCCCACUGCAGUGAGAGCUGCGCCUGGUUUCACCGGACAGAGUUGGUGUUUGGAGCCCAGCCGCCCUCGGGCGCACGGCCUGCCUGUCGCAUGUUUGUGUCUGCCUCGUCCCCUCCCCUGGUGCCUGUGUCUGCAGAAAAACAAGACCAGAUGUGAUUUGUUUUUAAAAAUAAGAUGAUGACAACGACAACCACACGCAAAAAAAAAAAAAAAAAAAAAGGAAAAAAAGAAAAAAGAAAAAAAAUUGGCAUCGGAUGAAAUGGGAAAAAAAAACGAAAGAAAGGAAAAAAGCUGUAAAAAUCUGGCAUUUGUGGGGCCACCCCCACCCAAGCUCCACAUGUGUCUGUUGCGCUCCUGGCUUUGGGGACCCUCAGGGCGUGAAUGUGCCCGUGCUGACCGUGUUAGUCUGUAGGUACCGCACUCACCCCACCUUGGGCGUCCGCAUCCUCCCUCCCAUGCAUGGGCCCCACAUGCUAACCUGGCUGUCCUGGUGUCAGGUGUCUUGGGAAGGGCUGGGGGCUGCCUCCUUUCCCGCUAGUUGUGCCUGAGAGUCGCUGCUGCCCCUGCUUUCCCUACCGUCCCUCAGCCUGUGCAGGGCUGGGUGGGUGCUCUUCUGGCUAACGAGUUUGCCCCAUGGAGUGCCUGGCAAGGGUUGGUUGAGAAGGCACCUAGCUAUGAAGAGAGGACUGGGCCAGAGGAUGGCCUCCUUCCUGUUUGGGGCACUUGUCCCUUCCCUGCCACCAGCAGCAGAGCGACAGUGGCCCGCUCCUGGCCUGGACAGACCCUCCAAGGACUGAGGACCUGAAAUACUGGACGGAUGCUGGGAGUAGGCCUUACUGUAUCUGGGAUGUUUGCUCACUGAGCUUGGGGUCUGGGUGCUCGAGUCUUGGUCGAAUGACGCAGAGUGUGGUAAAGAAGGGCCAGAUGAUGGGUUUUGGGCUCUGGGCAAUGCAGGGCCACACAGGUUUUUGGUGAAGUAGGAAUGCUCUCCUAACCUGGGCCUGGAGCGGAAGUCAGAGCAUGAGCCAGCCAGAGGCACAUGGAAGGACAAACCUGGUUAGGACUGUCGUGCGAGGCCCUUCCAGGUGGGCCAGAAGCAGCCCAGAGAGAAGGCAGGCUGGAGGUAGGGCCUGGACAGCAGUGGGUGGAGGGAGGGUCCAUUAGGACGGUGUGCCACCUUCUGGGCCUAGUGGUGCUCUUAAGUACCGACUGCUUAUUGUGGGUGACCCUGGCCCUUGGUGAGAGAGAGAGUCACGAGGAGGCUGUCAACAUUGCGGAGUCAGGCUAGGGAGAACGGUGUGAAGCAGGGUUGGGUGGGGGUGGUCGGGAGCUUUGAUUGCAGAAGUCCAAGGGCCUCCACCCAGUGCUGCCCACUUUAAAUUCACAUCAUUUUCAACCAGGAUUUUCUUUAUCUUCUACAAAUCAAGCCAGGGGAGGGGCAUGAAGUGGGAACGGGACACAGGAUCCUAAACUCCAAGGGGACUGUCCACCUACAGACACUCAGUGGAUACCACCUUUCAUCCACACUGUGCCCAGGACAGCUGUCUCCUACCCAUGGACACAGGGUAAACAUCUGCCAGGCUCCACUUGAGUGGCCCAAGGCCAUGGAGUGGCAGGGCUUGCCACGAACAGUGUGAGGCCCUGUGACCAGCCACCCUGGCAUCCUGGGGUCUCCUUCCCUCUCCCCACCUUCCUUGUUAUCUCCACAAAGCUGCCUGUCUGGGAUAAUUUGGGGAUUUUUUUUUCUGGGGGACAAUUCUUUUGCAUGACCCUCUAAAGAGCAGGUCACUCCUGCUCCGCUGGCUAGGUGUUCGUGGGUGGUGGCGUCGGCCGCUGGCCAGUGCUGCAGCGUGUCGCCGCCUGCAGUACUGGCGGCCCCUCCCUCUUCUCUUUUUGCUGAGUUCCAUUGUCUUUUCUUUCUGAGCCUUGUAGGUGUACAAAACUUAUUAUUUUGUUCUGUCUCGGGAAACUGCAAAUAAAAAAAAAG